GGGGAAGUUUGUAGGGUUCGUGGACUCCGGCAGAAGCCGGUUUCUCGUCUCAGAUACCAGUUGAGUGGAAAAGAAUGAGGGUUUAGCAGCAGCACCGCAGGAAAUUUGGAUUGUGGGUCCCAAACAUUGGAUUUCUGGGUCCCGACGGCAAAAUACCCUUUUCACUUGUACGGAUCCCAGACCACAAACACGGGUUCAGAUUGCGGUCGUCUGAAUCUGUUGCUGGGUUUUGCAACCCCUUUGCCUUUGCAACCACCGUGCUGGGUUGCAUUGAUAGUCUGCCCCUCCCCUCCCUUCGCGCCCCAAUCAGCAAGGGCGAAGGGCUGCUUGCAAUUGAAAAAGCGCCGCGUGUAGCCGCGGUUGGUCCGGUUUGUCCCAUUCGGAGUUGGGACCACGUAAGGGCAGCCGGGUCUGCCGGGGCCGGUCUGUCUGUUAAGCGUUUAAUCCCUCGACCAAAGAGCUAAGGGAGCCAAAUACAGUUAUUGGUCAUGGAAGUGCUACGGCCAGUUCUGAUAAGAAUUGAUGGACGUGUUUAUAGGAAAAAUUUUAUUCGAGAGCAACCUCACCAACAGGAAGAAGAGGAAGAUUUUAAUACAGGUCUUGGAGAUGGCUCAGAUGAAUUCUGUGAUGCAUUUGCAGUAGAAGAGACAGAAAGAGGAUACCAAUGUGCUAUGGACAUUCCUAGUCCACUAUAUAAGUAUAUAAUAGGGAAGAAAGGAGAAACCAGGAAAAAACUAGAGACCGAAACACGAACUUCCAUCAGUAUUCCCAAGCCAGGGGUAGAAGGAGAAAUUGUGAUCACAGGACAACAUCGGAGUGGUGUUAUUUCAGCCCGGACACGAAUUGAUGUUCUCGUUGAAAGCUUUCGUAAAAAACAACCCUUCACACAUUUUCUAUCGUUUGCACUCAACCAGCCUGCCAUUCAAGCGAAGUUUUUACAAUUCAAAGAGGAAGUGUUGGAGAAAUGUUCCCAUGACUGUGGAGUCAGCAGUAGCCUGUUUCAGAACCCAGCAAAACUCCAUCUGACAAUUGGGACCCUGGUACUUCUGAAUGAUCAAGAAAUCCAGAAAGCUCAGGAACUCCUGCAGAAAUGUAGAGAAGACCUUGUCGACACAAUUACCGAAGGCAAACCGCUAACUGUGGAAGUAAGAGGUAUCGAGUACAUGAAUGAUGACCCAGCCAUGAUUGAUGUGCUAUAUGCAAAAGUCCGCAUGAAAGAUGGUUCCAAAAGGCUUCAGCUCAUAGCAGAUAAACUGGUGGAUCAGUUUGCGACCUCUGGGCUGAUGAGGAAAGAAUGGGAUAGAGUGAAGCUCCAUGCCACUGUUAUGAACACGGUCUUCCGGAAUGAUCCUAACGCUGAAGAACCGAAUAACAGAGCCACGGGCAAACCGUUCAAGGAAAGGGAAUCAUUUGAUGGCAGAACAAUUUUGAAGCUCUUUGAGAACUUCGAAUUUGGAGAAGUGCAGCUGAAUUCCGUCUACCUCUCACAGCGAUUCUCCACUGACCACUCAGGUUACUACGCCUCGUCUGGGCAGCUCAAUUUCUUCUGAAUUGCAGACUCAUCUGUCCCGAUAGAUUGCACAUAAUGAUAUUUAGGAGUGUCUAGUAUACAAGGCAAUAAUGAUUUAAAUCUGCCCUCCUAUUAGAUCAGGGUCGCUCUGUCCUCCCGAAUCAACCUUAGAACUUUGCCAAUAUCUGCGCAAAAAAACCCUGAUCUACAUUGAAUGAAAGAAAAUGGCUAUGCAAUCAAAUAAGUUAGAUUGCUUGACAGGUAGUUUGUUGGAAAAAGAAAAGGCUGGAAAUAAAAGACAGUAAUAGCAACUGCAAUUAGAAAGCUAUAAAUGUACAAAAAUUACUCAUUCGUUAUUUUUAAUGGCUAACUUUUCAAAUUAAAGGGGGGGGGAGGUCUUUUUGCGGCACUUCAGAGUGAAAUCCAAGUCUUUUUGUAGCUUUCAAAACAAAAACCACUCUCUUUGGUAACCUUGUGAUAGUUUUUCCUUUAACUGCGAACGGCAAUAUAUUUGCAUUUGUGUGGGUAUUUUUGUUGUUGUUUUGUUAUUAUAGCUAACGUGCUGAAUCCGCCAAGGAUUCAUGGUGGUUUACAACUAAUAAUUAAAACAAGCACAUUACAAAUACAAUUAAAGCAUCCAUGGUAAAUAAACUAAUUAAGAGAAUUAAAUCAAAACAUAAUUGCAAUCAUUGUCAGAACAUUAACAGCCAGUUCAAAAGCAACCAUAAUAGUGAAAACGAUGCCGAAAGAAUCAUCACCAAAGGCCUUUCGGAAGACUGUUCAUUGUCAUCUUCUAGAAAGGCAUUAACGAAGAUACCAAUUUAAUUUGUAAGGGAGCCAGUUCCACAGAAAUGGAGAUGAGAAAGCACCUCCUAGUUUCAUCUCCUCUCAUGGGAAGUGAGGAAGAAUCCCUAGCCUUUCCUGGAAUAAUCAUUAAGGUUGGAAUGAUUCAAUUAGGAGAUGAUGACCUGUGUGCAUUUAGGUGCUGAGCCAUUUACAGUUUUAGAAGUCAAAACCUACGGUGGAAUUUAAUCUGAGGGAUUCCCAGGAGGGAGGAAGAGCCUUCAGAGGGAGCCAAAAAAACCUAGCAAAGUUUAGAUCAGUGAUGGCGAACCUUUUUGGCACCAAGUGCCCAGAAGGGAACGCAUACAUGUGUGUGCACAUAUGUGCGUGCCAGAGCGCUGGGAACCCGAAGACCAGCUGCUGCGUGCAAAUGCGCGUGCUGGCCAGCUGGUCUUCGGGUUUCCAGCAUGUGCU